AACACCCCAUAAAAAAAAUGAUGCAUCUAAGCUUAUAUUUUACCGUUGUUGCCAUAGCGCUCCUAUUUUCAUUUACAUCUUCUUCAGCAGAUACUCAUGAAAACUUUGUUCAAUGUCUUUAUAAUUAUCCCAAUAGCGGAACCUCAAUCUCCAAAGUUGUUUACACCCAGACCAACUCCUCAUACACGUCUACACUAGAUUCUUCCAUUCAAAUUUCUAGGUUCUUAAACGCAAGCUCAAAACCCCUUGUCAUUGUGACACCUUUGGUCAUUUCCCACGUUCAAGUCACCAUAAUAUGUUCCCAACACCAUGGCAUGCAGAUUAGAACCCGAAGUGGAGGCCACGAUUACGAGGGUCUCUCGUACAUUGCCAAGGAUCCAUUUGUCGUCCUUGACCUCAAAAACCUUCGAGAAAUUAAAGUUGACGUAGAAAAAAGCAAUGCAUGGGUUCAAGCUGGUUCAACUAUUGGUGAACUUUACUACAGCAUUAGCCAGAAAAGCAAAACACUAGGGUUCCCAGCAGGUGUGUGCCCCACUGUUGGCACUGGUGGCCACUUCAGUGGUGGUGGAUAUGGAUUCUUGAUGCGUAAGUACGGUCUUGCUGCUGACAAUGUAAUUGAUGCUCACAUAGUUGAUGUGAAGGGUAAUCUUCUUGACAGAAAAGCCAUGGGUGAGGAUCUGUUUUGGGCCAUUAGAGGAGGUGGGGGAGCAAGCUUUGGAGUCAUUGUGGCUUGGAAAAUAAAACUAGUUCCAGUUCCAUCAAAAGUGACAGUGUUCAGAAUUGCAAGGACAUUGGAACAAAAUGCAACUGAGAUUAUUCGUAAGUGGCAGCUUGUGGCAAAUAAAUUUGACCAGCGCCUAAUCAUUAGGGUUGCGAUGACAAGGGUAAAUUCAAGUCAACGUGGGAAGCUAACAAUACAAGCCAGAUUUGAGUCCAUGUUUCUUGGACGUGUAGACCAGCUUAUUCCCUUGAUGCAAAAGAGAUUCCCAGAGUUAGGUUUGGUAAAAGAAGAUUGUACUGAGAUGAGUUGGAUAAACUCAAUUCUCUUCAUGAAAGCUGGGUUAGUUGGAUCCGCAAGCAAUGAAACCCUUGAAGUUUUGCUGAACAGAACUCAAGCUGUUUUUUUGACAUUCAAAGGAAAAUCUGAUUAUGUGAGAAAACCCAUUUCUGUUGUUGGGUUACGAGGCUUAUGGCGCUUGUUUUAUGAAGAUGAGGCCCGAGAUGCUUCGGUUGAAUUCGCUCCUUAUGGAGGCAGAAUGGAAGAGAUUUCGGAAUCUGAAAUUCCAUUCCCACACAGAUCUGGAAACAUGUUCCAUAUUCACUACGCGGUCUAUUGGCAAGAGGAAGGGGAUGAGGCAGCACAAAGGUACAUCAACUGGCUUAGAAGAUUGUACAAAUAUAUGGAACCUUAUGUUUCAAAGUCUCCUAGAGCAGCAUAUCUGAAUUAUAGGGACCUUGACAUUGGGGUAAAUAAUAACUAUGACUACACAAGCUAUAGGCAAGCCAGUAUUUGGGGUCUUAAGUAUUUCAACAACAACUUUAAGAGAUUGGCAAAAGUGAAGACCAAGGUUGAUCCUCAAAACUUCUUCAGAAACGAGCAAAGCAUCCCACUUCUCGAGUCGGAGUGAAAUAAUUAGAUAUAUAGUUAUGAACCAUCAAGUAAUUAGUGUUGGCCCGUCUUUAUAUAACAUGUAUUCCGGAUUUUCAAUUUAUGAGAAAUA